GUCAACUCUAACGCGUCUGCAAGCAACAUGGCGAAAUUUUCUCCCUUUACUUCAUUUACGCCAUUAUUUAUGACUUCAGUAUUUUAGAACGAAUUGUUUUUAUGAAGCAACGGUGUUUGUUUUCAGGAAAUGGCUGUCUGCAAUGAAGCCCAAGCUUGGUGACUGGCAGCCCUUGGACCUUGUGGACAAAGAAGCAGUAAAGCCUCUCUGUUCAUUUAAUAGUCGUGUGGCAGCCAACGAUCACAGGUAUUACACACUAGACAGAACCCACAGCUCCGUGUGUGACGCAGAAUUUGAAGUGGACAGUUCCAAUGGUGGGGCCAACAUCCAUGCUGAAGAUUACCUUGAUGAUGAUGACUCUGUAUCUUCAGAUGUAGUCUUUUGUCCUGCUAAAGAUCCACUCGAGGAAAGAUGUGAGGAAGCUGAGAGGAAAAGAUGGCAAAAGAUUAAGGCCCUUCUGGCGUUGGCUGUUAUCCUGAUUGCAGGUCUUGUGAUAGUCGUCUUGGUGCAGCAUUUCAGAGGGGGAUGUCCAAAUUGUGGACAGUGCACUACCCAAGAGUGUGUGAUGGGCGCAGCAUAUAUACUGAACAAGAUGGAUGCAUCAGUCGAUCCGUGCACAGAUUUCUACUUGUUCUCCUGUGGCAAUUGGAUAAAGAAAACUCCAUUUCCACCGUCCAAGACAAAGUACGGAUCAUUUGGGAUUAUCGCAGAUGAAAUCUUGGAUAUCAUGCACAAGAUAAUGAAUAGCGGUGAAGUCCUCUACAAGGGGGAGAAUUCUAGCGCCAUUCAUAAGACGUUCCAGUACUAUGCCAUGUGCAUGAAUGAAGUACAGAUACAGAAGGACGGAGUGAUACCUGCUCUCAAGCUGAUUAAGUCCCUUGGCAGCUGGACGCUGACCUCUGACCCCAAUUCCGGUCAGUUUGACCCCAGCGUGUGGACGGUUCAGAAUGCGCUGACACAGGCUCACAAACAACAGUUCUCUGCCUUGUUUGACAUGUCAGUUGGCACAGAUGAAAAGAAUAACAGCAAGUACAUUAUCAAGUUUGAGCAGGCCGGCCUUACCCUGAAUGAUCGGAAGGAGUACUUCAGUGAUCACUCCAACUACAAGGCACUGAAGGAGGCAUUCCUGGAGUUUGCUAAGGAAAUUGUUCGGUUGUUGGGUGGGGAAGAGGCGGGACGAAAGGACAAAGUUGCGUCCCUUUACGACUUUGAGCAGAAACUUGCCAAUAUUCACAUGUCAAAGGAAUCUCUCAUAGAUCCAGUGAAGAACUACCACAACAUGACUCUCCAAGAGUUUCAAUCAACCUUCCUUGGAGACUGGCUGGAUCUAAAAGCGUAUGUCACCGCCUUGUUCUCCGAUGUUUCCAUGACAGUUCCCAUGGAUACUGUUGUCAUUGUGUACACACCGGACUACUUCAAGAAACUGCAACAGGUCAUCAAAGACACCAAUAAGGAAACCCUAGCAAACUAUGUCGUCUGGCAAAGUGUACAGCAGAUGAUCGGAUAUCUGGGCAAGGAGUUUGAGACAGCGGCUCUGAUUUUGGACAAAGUCGAGACGGGAGUGAAAGAGUAUCCAACUCGCUGGAAGCGCUGCCUCACUAAGGAUACAGCGACCCUCGGCUUUGCAUUGGGUGCCAUGUACAUUCAGGAUAAUUUUGCAAACAGCAGUAAAAAAGAGGUUAAAGAACUGUUGGAGGAGAUUCGUGCAGCGUUCAUUUCCAAUCUGGACGACAUAUCCUGGAUGGAUGCCUCCACCCGGGACUACGCCAAGGUGAAGGCGGCUGCUGUGACCAAGAUGCUUGGCUACCCUGAUUACAUUGCAGACAGGAAAAAGCUGGAUCAACACUAUGAAAAUUUGACUCUUGUUCCUGGGAAGUUCUUUGAGACGCGAUUAUCAGUGCUAGUGUACGGCAGGCAGAAGAAUCUACGACAUCUUGGCACCCAGCCGGACAGAGCAGAGUGGCUGAUGGUCCCAGAAGAAGUGAAUGGUUACUACAGUCCUGAUUUCAACCAUAUUGUCUUCCCUGCAGGAAUUCUCAGGCCUCCGCUUUAUAACCCAACCUCGCCCAAAUCAUUUAAUUUUGGGUCGUUUGGGACGAUCUGUGGACAUGAGCUAACACAUGGAUUUGAUAACAAAGGUCGUAAUUUUGACAAGUCAGGCAACAUGGCCUCAUGGUGGACUGAAUCUUCCACGGCACAGUUCACAAACUACAAGCAGUGUUUUAUAGACUACUAUUCAAACUUCACGGUUGACGGAACACAUUUGAAUGGAGAGACCACCCAGGGAGAGAACAUAGCAGACAAUGGUGGUAUGAAGAUGGCUUACCUUGCCUGGAAGAAGUGGGAGAGCAAGAACCACGGGAGGGACUCCUUCACUCUGCCUGGGGUGGCAUAUACCCCAGACCAGCUGUUCUUCAUAGGCAUGGCGCAGUUGUGGUGUUCUCACUAUACUCCUGAGUAUAUGCAGCAGUCCAUUCUGAGAGAUGUUGCACUCCAUAGCAAAGUUCAGGUGAUCAUUUCAUUUCUUUACCACUGCAUAGUACUUGGCACCAUGCCAAACUCAAAGUACUUUGCCAAGGCAUUUCAAUGUCCAAAAGGAUCUCUGAUGAACCCUGAGAAGAAGUUGUGA